AUGCGUCACGCUGACAUUGCCAUCGGAGAUGCUUUUGGCCACCGGGCCUUUGAAUUGUUCUCAGCGAUGAAAGGCAAUAACAGCACUGCAAUGAAUCAACUGAAGGAGCUUCUCGACUCGCGACCCAACAAUCCAGUGCAUUCCUUGCGAGGCUGGGCGUUUGAGAUCGAGCACGCCCGAACCUACAAUGCGGACGCGAUUUCAAAAGGCCUUCCUUUCAGAGCAGAAUACCUUGGAGUUGAUUCCCAGAGUCCAGCAGACAUCAGAAUUGUCAACAUAGAAACGGGGGAGGUGGUGAAGGAAAUUCAGUGCAAGGCAUCAGAUAACGCUGCCUGGGUUCGACGUGAGUUCGCCGAUCCCAAGUACCAGGAAAUGCAAAAGAUCGCGCCAGAAGGUACUGCGGACAAGGUGCCUGGAGCUCAAGAUAAGGUUGAGUUUGGCGGCGCUAAGAGCAACGCUGAGUCCACGCAGCAUGCUGAUCACAGAGUGGAGGGCGCGAAGAAUGGCGAGUACCCGUCACCCUCGAACGGGUCUCCUUUUGAACAUGCUACAUCAGCUGCAUUGAAGGCUGGAGCAAUGGGUGGAGUGGCCGGCCUGAUAGGGGCCGGCCUUUCGGCGUACAGAAAAGACGAUCAGACAACUGUAGCUCGAGAAGGCUUCAGGGGAGCCCUUCAGGGCGUGUUGCGGCAAGUGAGUGGGUGGGUACAGCCUUUGCUGGUCAGCUGGCUGGUGGCGUGGUGGGCGGGGCUGUGGGCUGGGCCUUUCAAAUGGAACGAUGUCGGUCGUUUGAAAAAGAGGAUGCCAAAAGUCGGUGCCGUAUCAAGGCUACCGCGACUUCUGGUUUAG